AUUGCGGGGUAAAAAGGAACUUGACCUUUUUUUUUAUCUUAUUUAAACAUAUAGAUGCAAGUGACAUUACAACCUACUGUAAAAGCAAAUAAGCUACAAAAGAAAGAACAAAGUCUAGAGUAUGUCAUGAAAUCAGGGCUAGCAGGUGGAAUAGCAGGUUGCCUUGGUAAAACAGCAAUUGCCCCCAUGGACAGAGUCAAGAUCCUCUUUCAGGCAAGGAACCCACACUUUGAAAAAUACUCUGGGAGGUUUACUGGUGUAUUUGGAGCAGGAAAGGAGAUUUAUAGAAAACAUGGUAUCAUAGGAUUGUUUCAGGGACACUCUGUGACAUUGGCCAGAAUCUUUCCUUACGCAGCUAUUAAGUUUGUAGCCUACGAGCAGCUAAAGAUUAUAUUAAUGCCCACUCAACAGCAAGUAACGAGUAAAAGACAGUUCAUGGCAGGGUCCUUGGCAGGUAUUGCUUCUGUACUAUUUACUUAUCCACUCGAUUUAAUUCGUGUCAGAAUGGCUUACGAAACGCAACGAUCAGGGCUUGUAGACAUGGCUACUACUAUCUAUAAAGAGCCAGCCAGUCAGAAGCUACGUCUUUUAAACUUUUACCGAGGAUUUUUACCCACGAUUGCGGGAAUGACACCGUAUGCUGGUGUCUCCUUUUGGUCUCACCACAUCUUUACACAAUUUUGUCGACAACAUCCGGUCAUAAGCUCUUAUGCCCUGAUUGUUCCUGGACAGGAAUACGAUUAUAAGGCGCCUCUUAAGCCUUGGGCAGAGUUGGUAUGUGGAGGCCUUGCAGGCUUCGUUGCUCAAACGAGUAGCUAUCCGUUGGAGGUCAUACGCAGAAGAAUGCAAAUAGGUGGUCUAUUGGAUCCAACCAAGUUUGUGAGCUUUAUGGCAACUGUGACGGACAUCUAUCGUGUGAAGGGUAUCAAGGGUUUUUAUGUUGGAUUAACUAUUGGCUAUAUUAAGGUUGUUCCUAUGUUUGCCAUCAGUUUCACAACUUAUGAAUAUAUGAAACGACUGCUGCACUUUUAAAAAGAUGCUAUUCACGUAGAAAAGGGCGCUUUUAUAGAUACCAACUUGUUUUGUAAAUACCAUUAAUCUAUCAUGAUAGCUAUUUAUGGCAAUAGAACCCGCAUGUAUUAUACACAAUAAAGCUACGACUGUAUACAUUGUCAUUCAAUAUGUCUGAUUAGAGCAGGGAUAAUUUAUGAUCAAACAAUGCUCAGUAACAGCUUAAUUAUUGAACAGCCUGGAAGCUUUAUUUUCUGAAAUAGCUGAGUGCCAGGAAGCACUAUGCAUACUUGUUCUGUUUCUAACUUUAUAUCAUAUAACUAAUAUAUUUCGUGCAUCUUAAAUAUUCGAUAUUAACAUAUUAGGAUUUCAAGUAUAGUGGCUAUAAUCUUGAUACGUUUGUCUAAAGUUAAGUGUAAGGUAUUCGACGAGGUGACUUGACUAAGG